GGUCGCAGGUGUGUGUGAAUGCGCGCUUCUUUCACAAGCAUCGUUAAAAUCGCGCUUUGUCAUGAGUCGAAAAAAUCAGUGCAUGUUCAAAAUUACUAAUUUCGAUCGCGCCUGAAGUGGACCAAACCUGAGCCGGCGAUAAUUUCGCUAACUGGCGAAAAAUCGGGACGAGUGUCGAUCAAAGAGCCGCUGUUCUUGGACGCGAUAGUGAAUUUUUUUUGGAGCAUUCGGCUCGCCGAGCACGUCGUGUUCGGGAAGAACGUAGAUUGCUCGGAUUGAUUUCUCGAGGCGUCUUGCGGCAGCUGCCAAGGACUUAAUCGACAUGCCGCUGCUACGCAAUGAGCCUUUUCAAAAACUCCACGUUUCUUCGGACUUCCGGGACGACGACGAGGUGUAUCAUUGUGAGGUUACCAACGAAAUCUUCAAGGAUUACAAUGAAUUUUGUGCAAGAAUUAUCCUGUGCAAUUCUCUCGUGUGGUCAUGCAGCACCACUGGAAAAUCGGGUCUCACCUACGCAGAAGCUCUCGAAAGCGAAGAAAAUGCAGAGCGAAGUUUCAAAGAGUUUCCAAUGGAGCUACGAAUUCCCAUAUUGUACCUGGCAAAUAGAACUCACAGAACAUCCUUCAACGAGAUGCUCGAGGACAUAUAUCAAUAUGCAAGAGAUCGAUAUUUCGUUGGGGAAAUGGUCGAAGCGAGCUUCACCGAAGAUGCUUGGUGCGAAUGCCACGUCCUCCAAGUUAUCGCCCCGACCGAACAACAAAUCAAACAGUAUAUUCUAGAAAAUGGAAGCAGUCCCCAAGAAAGGACGCCUAAUCCUCCCUCGAAAUUAUUUCGCUACGAGGUGGAACAAUUAGACUGUGGAGAUGACGACGAGAGUCAAACAAUGAUCCUCGAGGCUUCACAAGUCCGAAGGAGGAAACAGCAGUAUGGUCGCGAGCGAAACAAGAUUUUCCUCAAGCAACUCUGCGAGCAGAGCACUAAUGGAGUGUGGGUCGUUAAGGAGGAGGUUCUGCAGAAAUAUGGCAUUCCUAAAGUAAGAUUCGAUACGAUUUUCGACGGACCUUUACCUGAUUUCACGCCACGACCGAGGAAAGUUAUUAAGCAAACUUCCUUGGAUAAAUUUCUCACUACAGAUGUGACGAAACACAGAAAAUUUGAGAAGCCUAAUGCGCUGAAGAAAGUUAACAGCGGUAUGGUUGAGAAGAAACAGAGAAAGCCGAGGGUAAACGGCAAAUUCAAAGAGGACCUAAAAGCCCGCGCCCUCGAGGAAAAGGCGAAACGAAAAGAAGAACGUCUCGAGCGAAAAGAGCGGAAAAAGGAAGAAAGGCAGAAACAAGUGGCCUUCCAAGCCUACAUAAAGGAAUGGAACAAGCCGAGGGAGGACCUGGAAUGCGAGGAUUUGUCACCACUUCCUGCCGCAGUGCCAAUAAACUGUGGAGUCCCGAACGAGAAAUUUGGUGAUUUUGCCAUGGUCCUCGAAUUCCUUCAAUUUUUUUACGAGGAGCUGGAAGUUAAUACUUAUUUCACGGGAGGUCUGACCCUCGAAAUUCUCGAGAAGGCGAUGAUGGGAAAGGACGUUGGUGGUCCCUUCAGCGACUUGGUGCAGCUUCUUCUUGCAAAUAUUUUCAAGUACCAGGCGGAGGAGGAGAAUGAAAUUCAUGCAGAUGCAGCCGAUUUGAAAGACGAUAUUAAUAUUGACAAGGGAGUUCCUUCAAUGGCUGAGGCUACAAAACUUGCGACGCUCGCUUCCACCUGGUGUCAAAAUCAUCAAGGAUGUCAACUCUCGGAAUUGGCUCUCGAUCAUGUCACAUUGAGCGAAAUUUUGCGACAGCAUUUGCUCAGCUCUGGAGGAAGAAUUAGCGAGGUGGCUUCCAAAUGGAGAUAUUCGCAGAGAGAAACCCCACAAUCCAAAUUCGAAUUUCUUAAAAUGAAAUCUUACCCGGGAUGGAGAGGAAUCUCCAAUAUCUGCGAUGUGCUCGAUCAGAUCCGAGUAAAACCAUCAUCUGAUCGUCCCUGGAAGCUUCUUGCAGUUCCUUCAAUUUAUUGUCAUACUCCUCCCUCUUCUUCUCCUCCUCGCAAUUUCCGCGAGUUAUCUUCUUCGGCUUCUGUUCAAGAUCCUCCUCGACUUUUCCCUCUUUCUGAAGCUCCUUCAUCUUCUCUCGCUCCUCCUUUUCCUUCUUUUUUUCUCGUAUCUUUCCUCGAUUACAUCGCGAAUCGAGGCGAAAGUCAAGAGCUGAUUUAUAAGGCAAGUGAUGACGAUGAGUCGGUCGUCGAGAUCAAACUCGCAGACACUUCUGUGUCCGAGCAUUCGCAAAAUUCGGGGCUCGUUCAUUCGCAGAAGAAGGGCCGGAUCGUCGUGAUUCGAAUUUUCGUGGAGAAUGACGAGUGGUGGUCGGGAACUUGUGUCCCAGGUGGAACUCCUCUCAUUCCGGAACUCCAAAAUCGCGAGUCGACUUACGCCUACCUUCGUAGCAAGUUUGAUGACGAGUUUAGCGACAAGGAAAACAGUUUCAACAAAAAGUCGAAAAAGUCCCCGAAGAAGGUGAGCUUUGCAGACAAAAAUGGACUCAAGUCCCCGAAAAAGGAAUUGAAAAUGGAUGCAAACGUUAUGACGAUGCUCAUGGCCUGCACUGGGGACAAAGAAUGUCAAAUUCAUUGCAAACGAGAGGGACCAAAGUGGAAUUUCUAUGGGAAUCGGGAGGACAUUGAGGCAAUGAUUAACGGGCUCUGCAAACGGGGAAUUCGCGAGGGAGAACUGAGGAAUAACCUUAUUAUGGAAUCAUCAAAUCUCGUUGAAAUUAUUGAAGAGUGCCCCCGACACAAACUUAAUCCGGACGUUUAUACGGAGCCAAUAAAGGAAUCGGCGAAUAAAGGAUCGAAGAAACCAAAGCACGAUAAGGAGGGAACGAAUCUGAACUUCCCAACGGACAUGGCGAUCGAUUCAGUGAUGGAAUUGACAUUCCGCGAUUAUGUCCUUGAUUUGGAGGAGAAAAUUAAGCUUGGAUGUCUGGGCUCGUUGAAGGUGAUUGACAGGGACUCCUGGAGGAAAGCAAUACAGGAUGGUCAGUACGAGAAACAGUGUGAUCGGCUUGUUUAUGGAAUGAACGAAGUGGAGGUGGAUGUUAUUGUUAAUUCUACUUUGGACAAGAUUAAAAACGAGUCGAGGAACAGCCGACCGAAUACUCCGGAUUCCGAAGUCGGCAGUGUUGGUACGAAGAGCUACAGGGAUCCUGGAAAAUAUCUCGGUCCAUCUGGCGAUGACGAAAUGAGUCCAGAUGCAAAGCAGCAGAUGUCCAUCAGACAAAUGGCAUGUGCCAUUUUGCAGGUGUACCACGCUAUAGAACCAAAGUACCUGAAAAAACCUCUGGGAGUUGACGAGAAAGAUAAGAAGUGGUCGAGCGAGGAGGCUCGAGACCGAUGGGAACAGUCUCUGAUGGCCUCGACAAGUUGGUCCCAACUUUUCCUUCAUCUAAGUACGCUCGACAACAGCAUCGCCUGGGGAAGAAGUGCAUUGAAUGCUCAGUGUCGAAUUUGUCGAAGACGCAGGGACGCCGAAAAUAUGUUGCUUUGCGACGGAUGCAAUAAGGGACAUCAUCUCUACUGUUUGAAGCCUAAACUAAACGCAAUUCCUGAGGGCGAUUGGUUCUGCUCGACUUGUAAACCACGAGAAGUAAAGCCAAAAGAAAAGGCCAAGAAGAGAAGAAAGUUUGAGGACGAGCUUGAUGAUGACGCAGUGCUGACCAAAGAAACGCGCCAGAAUCGAGCGAAGAGAGUCCCUGGAAGCGAGGAUGAAAAUGGAGAAGAAGAGACGAAUGAGGAAAAUGAUGAGGAGGAGACUGACGAUGAAUCUGAGAAAAAUCAAAUAUGCCAGGGAUGUUCACUCAGUGGCAAGUUGAUCACAUGCGAGACCUGCAGGCUAAGCAUGCACUGGAAAUGUUUCGAUCCACCGCCUCCGAGGUGUCCCCGCGGAAAAUUCUGGUGUUGUUCUUGCAAAACAAAGAAAUACAACGUCACUUUGAAACUCGUGAGGGGGCGAGAGAGGGAUAAAGAUACGGAGAGAUCGUCUGCAGCAGCAGCACGCUCUCGAAUCCACGGCUUCGCCAAGAGCCUCCUUACUAGAGAAACCGCAAGCUGGGACGGCUACAUCAGCAAUCCUGAAGACGAGCCAAGACAGACGAGAAGAAGUUCAAAACGUUCAGCCGAGGAACCAGCCGAGUCUGAGAAGCAGACAAUGAAAAGUGUUAAAGCAACACUCCAGGAACUUCUUGCCGAUGUGACACAUCACAGGGACUCCUGGCCAUUCCUCACACCCGUUACCAAGGACGAGGUUCCUGAUUACGAAGAAUUCAUCAAGAAACCGAUGGACUUUGGCACGAUAAAGUACAAACUUGGCAAUGGGGAUUAUGACGAACUUGAGGAGUUCUUUUCCGAUUGUCUCCUAGUCUUCGACAACUGCACCUCGUAUAAUCAGGAGCACACGUCUGUUUACAAUUUGGUUUUCAGGGCUGGCCAGAGGCUACUGAAAUUCUUCGAGAAACGGUGCAAAGACCUCGGUCUUGACUACGACGAGAGCACAAUUCGCAAGACAAAACAGCCCAAACUUGAUGAGGAAAUUGUCAAGAAUGGCGACACCAAUGGCAAUGAGAAUGGCACUGAUGAUGACAGUGACGCGGAAUCGACAAACAAUGACAGCUAGACUUAGAUUUCAAUUUUUCAACGAGCCAAGAAAUGUAUCUAGUACUUACACGCUUGAUCGUCAGUAGUAUACCUGGGACAGUUUUUGCGCACUGGUUCUGUUCCAGUCUGAGUUAUCGGCCGAGUAUGAUUCUGUUUUAUCCUCGGUCGGUAACUGUGGGAUGCAGCAUAACCAUACUCGGUCGGUAAAUUAGCAUGGAACAGAAACCAGUGCGCGAUAACUAUCCCAGGUAUACUACUAUCGUCUAUUAAAAAUAAAAAUAAAAGUUUUCAAAUAUAGAUUUUUUAAGUUUUAUCCGUGCUUUCUAUAUUUGGAUCCUUUUAAGUUUUUCCUACUUUCUUAAAUUUGGAGGAAAUUUCAAAUUCAGGACUUUAUAUAUUUGCUUCCGAAAUGUAGAUUUUUGGUGAAUUUUUUCUUCUCCAAUUUGGAAGGCUUGUAAAACUUGAGGAAUCAUUCAAAUGUUGGUUUCCGAAGUCCCACAAAGCAUGAUUUUUCGAUCAAGCGGGUGAAAGAUUAGAAAGACAAAUAAAUAAAUAAAUCCCAGUUAGUUGAUUCUCAGCGGGGCACGCAUACAGUAUUAAAAAAUUUAAAAAAAUAAAAUAAAAAAAAUGACUAAAUAAUAAGAACUAUUUAGUACUUUUGCAUCCAAGGCGAAAUUCACUCCAGAUAAUCUCCUUGAUACUUGGAAUGAAACGAAAUGAAAGUUGACUUGAGAUUUUUUUGACUAUCUCGUCUUUUGGGAAUUAUUUUGACGCCGAUGGUUUUUCGUGUCCCCUUGGUUAAUUAAUAUUUGCACAUUAUUUAAUAAUUAUGAUUAACUGUUCGAAAUAUGCCUUCCUUUGCGCAUAAUAUUAUUAUUGUCUAUUUAUUAUAAUUGUUUUAAAGAACUUUCUCAACUGAGUUAAAAUUUGUAUGUUUUUAUUGAUGAAGAAUUUCUUCUCUCCCCCCUUUUUUUUCUCGUCGAGAUCUAGGAGCAGUGUUAGUUUCUCCCUCCCUCUAUCUCUCUAAAUUUCUAUGAGAUCAGCCUUUUGUUCGAGAUUAUUGGAAAAAAUUUAUGGGCUGGACCUUAGCUGUGUUUAGGAUAUAUAAAAAGUGUGAUUACCCAUGCACAUGUACAGCACUAUUGAGCCGAUCAUUUCUAACGAUGUAUGUUUUAUACAAUUAAUUUGGUAAUAAAGAAUCUUGAAAAGGAGUAAA